CCAUGCUGCCUCUCUCCCAAGCUCCCGUUCAUGGUCUCACACCCCAGGCCUGCCCCGCUUCUUGCCUCUUGACCACGGCGCCCGGGUUCAAGGAAGUUCCAUCGAAAACAAAAUAUUGAAGCUCUUGGUCCUUGGGUCAGGGAACAGGCCACAUGGCUCAAAGUUCCGAAGGCAAAGACAGAGCCCCUGGCGUUUCCUAUUCAGCUCCCGAUUUCUAAGCCAACCUGGCGAUCUUGGCAGGGGAACCUCCUGAGACGCGAAUUCUCAGGACAGGGCUUUUUUGUUGUUGUUGUUUUUGUUUGCAGAGGUGACAAACGCCAGGCCCAAGGCUACAGCUGUCGCUUCUGUAAAAUUGAGAAGUGAAACCUGGUCGUGUGGGGCAGCACCUCCUCGCUCUUCCUCUGACAUCUUCACAAGGAUGUGGCCACUUCCGCUCUGCUUUUCCUGCCUGCUUAGUUUUUGCUCUAUCAGUUGGCCUCUCGCACAGGGGGGAAUCACCAGCAGCUCUGGGGAAGGAAAGAUGUGGAGGAAACUCGCUUUUCAGGAGCAUCGCCUUUAAAGUCGUCAUCUUACUGCAGCGUGCUGGGCAAGCUGUACCUGACACCUGCCCCAGCCAACAUAAACAGGAAAUCUCUAUGUCUGUGCCCAAGGGCGGCGAUGCACAACAGCCCCUUAACCUCUCAGAGCACUUUGCCCAGCUGUCCUGGUAUGAUGCCUUGGCUGGGACAUGGGUGCCGAUAGCCGUCAUCCGUCCAGGGAAAUCAAACCUGCUCCACAGCUUCUUCGCCAGGCACAUCUCUGUGUCCAACAGAUGGUUCACCGUGAUGAACGCCAGCAAAGCCAUUGCAGGGGUUUAUAAGAUUGAAUCUGAGAUGCAGAAAAGCAAGUGUCUGGUUUUCAUCCAUCUGAUUGUAACAGGGCUGCGACAAUGUACACCAGGUACCAACCAGCCGUCACAAAGCACAUUUAGUCCUAGCAGCACAGAGAAAACAUGGAAAAUAAGAAACCACACAGCAUGCCUGCUGACAGCUAAACAGAGAUCAGACCCAGCUCCAACCUCAGGUCAAACCCCUCAACCAGAGCCUGCGCCAACCUCAGCACCAUCCUCAGCUCCGGCCUCCCAGGUGGCCCUGGUCAGCAUUGGAACGGCAGCUGCGGAGCCCGGAUCUUGGUCCAGCCGUAUUGCGGAGGUGGUGGUGCCGGUCGUGGGGGCAGUGAUGGUGGUGGCGCUGCUGAUAUGGCUGAUAAAGAAUAUUGCUCGCUGCACGUACUUGUUCUGCAGCCGUCAUGACUUCCCUGCCAGAGCCGCCCCGUCCCAGCAGGCUAGCGACUCAGGCCCCAUGCAGGAGAUGCAGGAGCUGGCAGAGCUGACGCAGCAAGAGGACGCCAGAGGUGGGGAUCGGUCGGCCAUGCUGAAUGGGAAACUUCUCGGCAGCGCUGAAAUGCUAAACGCUGGGGGACUGGAGAGUGGGGAGGGAUGAACCUCUCUCCCCAUCCCUCAACAUCCCUCAAUGUGCAGCAACAGUCAAAAAAGCAAACAGAACGUUGGGUCUC